UCCAAAUAUCUCCAAAUACGAUACUUCAGCUCUGUGUAAGGAUUCCUUAGCCAAUACAAUGGUCGUCCAUUGCAGCAGCACCGCCGCCGUUUUUGGCUUCAACUGCGGUUACGACGACAGUUUCUUUACAUCCAAAAAACGCAACUUCUGUCGUUUUCCGGUGCCAACUACUCGGUCAACUCAUGGAGUUACUGCUUGUUAUCAGGACAAGACCCCAGAAGCUGUGAUGCCAGCGACAGACAAGUGUGACGGCAAUAGAAUCGUGAGUUUCAUGAAGGGGAAGAACUAUUUCAUCACCGGAGCAACAGGGUUUCUUGCCAAAGUUUUCAUCGAGAAAUUGUUGAGAGCAACUCCAGAGACAGGGAAGAUCUUCCUUCUGAUGAAGGCCGAUGAUCAACAAGCUGCCCGCAAGAGACUCCACGACGAGAUCAUAAACUCUGACCUGUUCGAGCUUCUGAAACAAACACAUGGGGAUUCCUAUGAAGCCUUUAUGACAAGUAAGUUGAUUCCAGUAGUGGGAGACAUUUCACAGAACAAUCUCGGAAUGGACUCUGAAACAGCCGACAUGAUCUUCAAGGAGAUAGACGUCAUCAUCAGCUCUGCUGCCAGAACAACCUUCGACGACAGGUACGAUUUGGCUCUGGGCACCAAUACAAUGGGACCCCACCAGUUCAUGAGAUUUUCCAAGAAAUGCGAGAGACUGAAUCUUGUUCUUCACUUCUCAACCGCUUAUGUGAAUGGAACGAGACAAGGGAUAGUACCAGAGACUCCUCUUCCAAGAUUGGAAAUUGAAUCCGAGCUGAAACUAGCUUCAGAAGCUGCAAGAACUUUCCAUCACCGAGAAAUGGCCCAGAAAAUGAAGGAACUUGGUCGUGAACGAGCCACAAUCCAUGGGUACCAAAACACCUACACUUUCACCAAAGCAAUGGGGGAGAUGGUGAUAGACAGCUCCCGAGGGGAUGUGCCUGUUGUGAUCAUUCGGCCAGGUGUCGUUGAAAGCUCUUAUAUAGAACCUUUCCCCGGCUGGAUGCAAGGAAACAGAAUGGCGGAACCAUUGAUCUUGGCUUACGGCAAAGGGCAUCUCUCUGGCUUGUUGGGUGACCCUCAAACUGUCAUUGACAUUGUACCUGUGGAUAUGGUUGUGAACACAGCAAUGGCAGCCAUGGCAAAGCAUGGCAUAGAAGCCAAGCCCGGGCUGAAUGUGUACCAUUCCACUUCGUCUGUUGUGACUCCAUUACUGCUUUUCGAGCUCUGCAACCUCGUUUAUCGACAUUUCUGUUGCUCUCCAUUGAAGGACUCCAAAGGGGAGGACAUAACGAUAGAGCCAUUUACAUUUCACAGUUCCUUGGAGGAUUUCUCCUCCUACAUAUCCAACACCAUAACUGAAAAAGAAAUGACAAAAGAUGGAGAACUACGCGCCGAAUCAAAGAUGAAAUGCGAGAGGAAAAUAAAGUAUCUCGAAGGCAUGGCCAAAACAUACGAGACGGUAUUGUUCACAAAAGCGCGAUUUGACAACACCAAUGCCCAGAGACUGUUGGAGGAGAUGACAAUGGAAGAGAGAAGCAUGUUUGAGUUCAACACGGGAAGAACAGAUUGGGAGCAUUACAUCAUGAAUGUUCAUCUUCCCGGUCUGAGGAAGCAUGUCUUGCGGGGAAGACAGAUUUGAAAAGAGUUC